CAUAUCUGACUGCUGCUGUUUUCUCUCUGCUUUAUUUUCCCCUUUCUUGGCCUCGUGAUACCUUUGUCUUUUACACCUUACAAAACCCUCUGCCUCUCCCUCUCUCUCCCUCUGCCUCUCUCUCUCUCUAUCUCUCACACGCACACACAAACACACACGGACACAGUAGCUAUCUAGUACUCUCUCUCUCUCUUUGAUGGGUUUUCGCCGGAAAACCAUUUAUUGUUUUGUCCAAAACCGCCAUAGCAAACCUCCAUUGAACCUCGCUCUGUCCAGGGCAUAAUCAGAACCAACAAUAAACACCAUUGUUGUUUUCUUCUUUUUUCCUUCAAGGUGUAGAAAAAUGGCAGUGACCAGUAGUGCUAGUGUGGGCUUUAGAUGUGUGGUUGGUUUUCUCGUUACGUUUUUGGUACUGAGUGGCGGGCGAGUCAACUCGGAGCCGACCCAGGACAAGCAAGCCCUCCUUGCGUUUCUCUCCAAGACCCCACACGAGAACCGCGUGCAAUGGAACUCGUCCGCUUCAGCCUGCACCUGGGUCGGGAUCACCUGUGACGACAAGCAGUCCUACGUCUCUGCUCUACGCCUUCCGGGAGUCGGCCUUGUGGGACCGGUUCCGCCCAACACACUCGGCCGGCUGAGUCAGCUCCGAGUUCUGAGUCUGCGCUCCAACCGCCUCUUCGGUCCAAUACCCUCUGAUUUCUCAAACUUAACUCUGCUCCGCAGCCUCUACCUCCAAGGCAAUCAGUUUUCCGGCGAGUUCCCUCCCGGGUUGACUCGGUUGGUCCGGUUAACCAGGCUCGAUCUCAGCUCUAACAAUUUCACCGGCCCAAUCCCAUUUACCGUCACCAACUUGACCCACUUGACCGGACUUUUCCUUGAAAACAACGGGUUCUCGGGUAGUCUGCCCAGCAUCUCAGCCGGUAAUCUGAGAAGCUUCAACGUCUCCAACAACAAACUCAACGGCUCAGUACCCGCGUCCCUAUCCAAGUUCCCAGACUCCGCAUUCACCGGAAACUUAAAUCUCUGCGGCAAGCCGCUUGCACCGUGCAACCCGUUUUUCCCAGCACCCGCUCCAUCACCCGAGACCCCGCCCGUAAUCCCAGCCCACAAGAAGUCCAAGAAGCUAUCCACCGCCGCCAUUGUUGCGAUCGCCGUGGGGUCCGCUCUGGCUUUGUUUCUGUUGCUCCUCGUUCUCCUGCUUUGCAUCCGGAAACGACGUCGUCAGCAGCAGGCCAAGCCCCCGAAGCCGCCGGUGGCGGCGCGGUCGGUGGCGGUGGCGGAGGCCGGAACGUCGUCGUCGAAGGAUGAUAUCACGGGUGGGUCCACGGAGGCGGAGAGGAACAAGCUAGUGUUCUUCGACGGUGGGGUCUACAGCUUUGACUUGGAGGACCUGUUGAGGGCGUCGGCGGAGGUUUUGGGGAAGGGAAGCGUGGGGACGUCGUACAAGGCGGUGCUGGAAGAAGGGACGACGGUGGUGGUGAAGAGGCUGAAGGACGUGGUGGUGACGAAGAGAGAGUUCGAGAUGCAAAUGGAGGUUCUGGGUAAGAUUAAGCACGAUAAUGUGGUGCCUCUGCGGGCGUUUUACUUCUCCAAGGACGAGAAAUUGCUCGUCUACGAUUACAUGGCCGCUGGUAGCUUGUCUGCUCUUCUUCACGGAAGCAGAGGCUCCGGGCGCACGCCGCUCGACUGGGACAACCGGAUGAAAAUCGCGCUAAGCGCUGCGAGAGGCAUAGCGCAUCUCCACGUGUCAGGAAAGGUGGUCCACGGCAACAUCAAAUCCUCCAACAUCCUUCUCCGACCCGAGCACGACGCUUCGGUUUCGGACUUCGGGCUCAACCCACUAUUCGGAACCUCCACCCCGCCCAAUCGGGUCGCGGGCUAUCGCGCGCCAGAGGUCGUUGAGACUCGCAAGGUCACUUUCAAAUCCGACGUGUACAGUUUUGGUGUGUUGCUGUUAGAGCUAUUAACGGGGAAAGCGCCCAAUCAAGCCUCGCUGGGCGAGGAGGGCAUCGACCUGCCCCGGUGGGUCCAGUCGGUUGUCCGGGAGGAGUGGACCGCUGAGGUGUUCGACGUGGAGCUCAUGAGGUACCACAACAUUGAGGAAGAGAUGGUUCAGCUUUUGCAGAUCGCAAUGGCUUGCGUGUCUACUGUGCCCGAUCAGAGACCCGCCAUGCAAGAGGUGGUCCGUAUGAUUGAGGAUAUGAACCGGGGCGAGACCGAUGAUGGCUUACGGCAGUCGUCCGAUGACCCUUCGAAAGAAUCGAGCGGUCAUACGCCUCCAGCAGAGUCCAGGACCCCACCCAGCGUGACACCCACACCUUAGAAAAUUGUCAAUCCCAAAAAGAAAACGAAAAUGU